AUGGCUAGAUCUGACUUUGGAAGUGUUACGGGAUGGGUUAGUUCACGUGCAAUGACAUCAGGUGGAAGAUUACGUGUAACGGUCGAGAAAAAUGCUUUGUCUGGAGCUGGUGGACUCAUAUCAAAUACUAGAAUUCCAGAUGGUACUGCUUAUGAAUUAGGUUUCGAUAUUCAAUUUCACAGUCAAUUCGAUUGGAGUCGUGGUGGAAAGGUUGGUUUUGGUCUUGGUAUUGGAAAUGGUAAUACAGGAUGUAAUUUACCUACUGAUGGAGCAGGUGGUACUCUUCGUUUGAUGUGGUAUAAUAAUCCAAGUACAAAUCGAGUCUAUUUUCAUCCAUAUAUUUAUCAUCAAGGAAUGCCUGGUCCAUGUGGAAGCAAUUUUGGAAAAUCUUAUCCAACAUCAGGUAGUAUCGAAAAAGGUAGAACGUACAAAAUACAUAUGUAUGUUAAAUCUAAUACUGGCAAUAAUGCUAAUGGACAUGUUCAACUUAAAAUUGAUGGUCAAGCAGUAAUUGAUCAAAGUAUUCGUUGGACAACAAACGAUAGUAGACGAUUUAUCAAUAACUUAUCUUUUCAUACAUUUCGUGGUGGAAAAGCAGACGAAUGGAAAUCUGGUACUGACGGUUAUAUUUACUAUGAUAAUUUAUAUGUUCGACAAAUUAGUAAAUAA